AUGAAUGCAAUUUCUAGGAGGAGAGUAAUCUCCUCUUCGAGAGUAGCAUCAUCGAGUGAUACAGGAGGUCGAACGAUUAGUUCUUCUCUGAAUUUCGAUUUGUACCACAGGUUGUUUCGGAAGGCUAGUAGAGCUACUGCCUCGUUAGGGUUUUCGAUCUUAGCGAUGAUUGCUUUGAAUCUAUUGACGAGAAAAUUGAGCUCGAAGAAUUUCGAGAUAAAGAGCUCGGAUAUAAGCUCGUGGAUCGAUGCUACCGAGUAUUCUGGGAUAAGUAUCGCGCAGAUAGGUUUAGUGAUCCUGGAUGAGAAGGGAGUUCGUUGUGUCUCCCUGAUUACUUUGUCGAUAUCCGGAAUCGAACUCAUUGCUUGGUUAAACGUUGAGUUCGCUUGCCAGGAAUGCGAGGUUUGUUUGGUCCUGGAAUCUUUCGAAAGAUUCGCAGUCCAAAAGGUUUCGCGGAUCGACAGGAAUCCGAUUAGCUGGAAUCGGAUGGGAUAG